GUGAUAUUCUUGCUUAGGCAUCAGGAACUCUGAAAGGUUCACAAAUGCCUUUUCUCAGUAUCCUUUGGAGGCUGGUGACUGGUGCCAGUCAGUGUUCUCGCCAAAGCUAAAAGUCUGAGGGAUCAUAAGACUCGAGAUCAUGCAGUCUCUAAUCCCAGCAUUUUCCAGUGUGUCACAUAGUAGGUGCCUUCUUUUAUUGCUUGCUGAUUGUGAUGACCCAGAAUGAAACAGCCUCCGAGAGGCUAAGGGCUUGUCUGUGGUGACACAGCCUGCCUUGCUCUGGCCAGACCACUGAGCCGAGUGGGAGGGGGUGCCAUGGGGAAGGGUGGGGGGCUGAGCGGAACCCUGCUCUCCUCGGCGCCUUCCAGGGCGCAGGCCCGGCCUCCGGCCAGCAGCUCGGGUUCGGGGGCGUGGUGGCUCCUCCUCAAGGAGGCUGUGCGAGGCGGGCCGGAGGCGGAGCUCCUAGCCUGGGGUCUGGGUCCUGCCCGGGAGCUCGCCCAGACUCGCGAUCGAAGCCGAAGAAGCGCCAGGCGAAACCGAAGCCCUCGCAAUCCACAUCACCAUGAGCAAAGACGCCGAGGUGGACAUGGCGGAGGUGGACAUGAAGGAGGUGGAGCUCAACGAGCUGGAGCCCGAGAAGCAGCCCAUGAACGCGGCCGCCCCGCCGCCCGCCGCCUCGGGGGGCGAGAAGAACGGCGUGGUCAAGGUCAAGGUGGCCGACGACGAGGCUGAUGCCGCGGCCGCCUCCAAGUUCACGGGCCUGUCCAAGGAGGAGCUGCUGAAGAUGGCCGGGAGCCCCGCCUGGGUGCGCACCCGCUGGGCCCUGCUGCUGCUCUUCUGGCUGGGCUGGCUGGGCAUGCUGGCCGGCGCCGUGGUCAUCAUCGUGCAGGCGCCCCGCUGCCGCGAGCUGCCCGUCCAGCGCUGGUGGCACCAGGGUGCCCUGUACCGCAUCGGAGACCUGAAGGCCUUCCAGGGCCAGCCCCGUAACGCCAACGGGAGUCUGCCAGGGGUGAAGGCCCAUCUUGAUUACCUGAGCACCCUCAAAGUGAAGGCCCUGGUGUUGGGGCCCAUCCACAAGAACCUUGAAGAUGACCUUGCUAAGACGGACCUGCUGCAGAUCGACCCCACCGUGGGCUCCCAGGAAGAGUUCCUCCAACUCUUAGAAGCAGCUAAGAAAAAGAACAUCCAGAUCAUUCUAGAUCUCACUCCCAACUACCAAAGUCAGAACAGCUGGUUUCUGAAGAACGAGAGUGAAGAAGUGAAUGAGAAGAUGAAGGAAGCCCUGAGCUUUUGGCUGAAGGCCGGUGUGAAUGGUAUCCAGGUCCAUGAUGUCCAGAAGCUUAGCGAUGCGGCUUCAUUCCUGUCUCGUUGGAGUAACCUCACUCAUAGCAUCAGUGAUGACAGGGUCCUGAUUGCCGGAACAGGAGCCUCAGACCUUUGGGAGAUCUUGAGCCUGCUGAAUGAUACUGACCUGCUGAGCAGCUCGUACCUAGAAGACUUUGAGAAAAGGAGUUCCUCAGGGAAAGAGCUGAAAGAAUUGGUCGAUAGCUACCUGAGCGCCGCUGGUGGCCGCUGGUGCAGCUGGACAUAUUCUCAGGUCGGCCACUUGGCCUCCUAUGUGCCAGCCCAUCUUCUCCGUCUCUACCACCUAUUGCUGUUCACACUUCCUGGGACACCUGUCUUUAGUUAUGGGGAUGAAAUUGGCUUGCAGGCGGCCACCGUCCCCGGACAGCCUGCUGAAGCCCCCAUCAUGCUUUGGGAUGAAAAAACACUUGGGCCUUCUGAGUCUGUGAACCUCAACAUUACUGUCCAGGGCCAGACUAAGGACCCCACCUCUCUCCUUGCUCUGUUCCGUAAACUGAGUGACAGCCGAGGGAAGGAGCGGUCCUUGCUGCACGGGGACUUUGUGGUCCUGCCCACCCAAGAUGACCUCUUUGCCUAUGUGCGAUACUGGGACCAAAAUGAGCGAUUCAUCGUUGUCCUCAACCUGGGCCCCACGAGCCAUGAGGCUGAGCUGAGGAUGCCCUCUGUGUCGGGCAGCCAGAAGCUGGAGCUUCCCGAGAAGGCAGCCCUGGUGCUCAGCACCCAAGGGAGCCACCAGGAAGGCAGCAUGCUGUCCUUGCACAAGCUGGCUGUGGCCCCGGGGGAGGGGCUGCUGCUCAAAUUCCCCUAUGUGGCCUGAGCUGCCCGCUGGGUCCCCUCUUCCCGUUGGGUGUUUGUGUGUGUGUUGGCAGGGCUGGGAGGGGGGGAGGGUUUGGGAUUUUUUUUUUUACUUUUGAAGAUGUCAUGGAAAGAAGUUUUGAGCCUGUAGCUGUGUAUUAAAACGAUGGUGAUGAGCA